AUGUCUAUGCUAAACAGUAAAGCACAAUGCACUUAUGGCAAAUGGAAGAUAAUAAUUUGAAUGUUGCUAUGUGAUAUCUAAAAUGAUAUUAAAUUGAAAUUAAUUGAAUUGGCAUACUUCUCAGUAAUCUUGAGAUAAUCAUUCUUUAAAAUUAAGUUAGAUGUAUUGAGGUGAGAAGCAUAGUUCAUGAUUUUGACUAUCUGAGGUAUUAACAGUUGCAUAGAAUCAGUGUGACCAUGGGUAGUGAAGCACACUUUGGUGAAGGUACUAAACUUACAGUCCUAGGUUCCUACGCUGAAAUCAGUACAGAAAAUGAAAUAAAUGUCACAAUUAUAAAACCCUCUGAAAAGGAGAGCUGUAAGAAGACAGUCACUCUUGUGUGUGUGGCCAAGGACUUCUACCCAGACCAUGUGAACAUAACAUGGAUGGUUGGAAACAAAGAAAGAGUCGAAGGUGUGGCAACAGACCCUCAUGCCAACAAAGACAAUACAACAAAAAAGUUCACCAUAUCGAGCAGACUUAAAGUCCCUAAAAAGGAAUGGAACAACGCAAAAAAAGAAUUCAAAUGUAAAUUGAUGUUCUACAAUGGAACCACAUAUUUGGAGGUUUACAAUAAGGUCUAUGGAACUGCAGAGAGUGGUUAUACCCGAGAGGACUAUGUAAAAUCAUCACAGAUUAUAAAGCUGUCAUAUGGCGUGUUCAUUGCUAAGAGUGCACUGUAUGGCCUGGUCAUCUUUGUGUAUGUAUUGAGAAAGGGUUCAGGAAAAUGAAUGAACUGAACAUGUCUGGAUUGAUGAAGUUACCAAGAAGACUCUCUCUAUUUACUUUAUUCAGGAGAAGAGAUGCUGUAUGACUGAAGACUCUCUCUAGUUUUUAUUUCUCUCUUUUAUUGCUCUUUUCUGAAUAUUUAUCCCAAUGAAAGUGAUGCUUCAGGUCAGAUUAAUCAUAAAAUCUAGUUGUGCUACCCUGCUUUGAUAUUUUUUUCUUUUCCUUGUUUCCUUGCUAUUUAGUAAGAAUUGAUAAUGAUAGCAUACUACUAUAAAUAGACUUAACAGAAGUUAAUAUAAUUCAUUAUUUUACACAUUGAGAUUUACUGUAUUUUGUUUCUAUUUUAUUUUGUAUUAUAAAUAACACAAAUAAAAUAUAUGACGCAUG